UUGUAUCAUAGGAAGAAGGAGACGCAUAAUAGAUCGCUGUUAGUCAAUAUUUCAAGAUAGAGCGCAUUGGACUUUUCACUCGUGGUGGCCAAUUCGUCGUCAUGGCUUCGGAUGAGGUGACAUUGGAAGGCACUUUGGCCUUGAUCAAGCCAGAUGCUUUGGCCAGAGAGAAUCUCAUCUUGGAACGGAUCCGCGAGGAGAGAUUCCUCAUUGUAGAGAAAAAAAGGCUUCGAUUCUCUCGUGAGACUGCCGCUAAAUUCUACGAAAACCAAAAAAACGAGCCUCAUUUCUCCGAUCUGAUUGACUAUAUCACCAGUGGCGAUGUGAUUGCGCUCUGUCUAGCCCGUGAAAAUGGCAUCGACAAGUGGAAUGAGGUCAUCGGUCCCCCAAGCGUGUCGGAUGCCAUGAAAUACGCCAAGAACUCUUUGAGAGCUCGCUUUGGCGAUCCCUUGAACGACAUGAUCAACUCCUUGCAUGGCAGUGAUUCUCCGGGCAGUUCCGAGCGGGAGAUUGAGAUCAUAUUUCCACACAUUCUCCAAGGAGAUUCGGAUGAGGAAGACCACGACGAAGAAGAAGAGGAAGACGUAGUGAGACAAGAAGCGAGAUUGAACACUGCCAAGGCUGACCGCGUGAGUCAAGCUGGAAGUGUCCUGGAUGAGAUCGAUCGGACUCUCGAUCAUCAUGCUUCCGAUAACAAAGGGUACUUGCAUAAAGCGGUCUGCCCCACCUUGAUUCGAGGAUUGAGCGAAAUGUACGAAGUUCGUCCAAGAAGUCCGAUCUCGUGGUUGGCAGAUUGGCUCACGGAUAACAACCCCUAUCAGGCGUGAUUGGCCAUGGGCGAGGCGUGGUGUUGAGAAUCUUACCUAUAGCUCUAGAGACAGCUAACUGUCCGUUGACUCUCCAUGUUCCCCAAUAGAUAACGGUUCCACCCAGUUCCUCAAUGCGAGCUUUUUCGUCCUAGAAAGAAGAUAUCACUUCAUGAGGACUACACAAACGCCAGUCUGAAUGGAUCUAAUCACCAAUCAGUAACCCUCCCCAGCCUGUUUGCAUUGGGUGGGGCACAUUUUCUUCGCAUUCGUCACAUGUUUCCACCCUCUCUUUUAUUGUUCAUUAACAAAAAUCAAUGACAGACAAGAAGAACAUUCUUUGAACAGGAAGCAUUUUCCGUACGCCCAAAACUGUCAUAUUCAAAUCAAUCUUUGUCUCAAUGAAGGAACAACGACAUUAUUCGAGAUAAAAAAAAUGAGUAUCAUGUUCGACUUAACCCCUCAUCCCCAAUAAACCACUUGGUUAUCAUCUCCUUA